AUGAUCGAGAGCGCCAACGCAAUCUCAAACCUAUACCAGAGCAUGAAAAAGAGAGGGCUAUCGGCUUCUGCAUACCCCAUCCCAGGGCUCGGCCUGCUCACUGCCGCAAGUGUUCAUGCCGUGUAUUCUAUAUUUUCCUGGGAUAGCAUGAGCAACAUCAUAACUCCCGAAGAAAGCCGGUCUUAUUUGAAACAGGAUAUGGAUGCAUUCAAUGAUAUCGGCCAGCGAUGGUGCCUCGCUAUCCACUGGUCGUGGGCAAACAAUAAUGGCAACGACAUAUCUUCUAUGAACGUGAAGGAGAUAAAGGACGGUAUCAUGAAUUUCGUUCGCCAAAUCAGUCUCAAGGAUCGCCAGACACGUGAUGUUAACCUCAAGCCAACAUUUGAUUUUGACGGCUGGGUGAGCGCUAUGCAAAGCUCGGUUAACCAAGAACAGGGAUUGGAGUUAGACGGCAAGCUGGAGAUAGCCGAGAAUGACUCGCUUUCAACGGUAUACGUGGAGGAUCUGCAGGUUGGUCUCUUGAACAAUGUCUCGGGUAUGUUUUAUCUUGACGGAUUGGCUGAAAUGGGUUUGAGUGGAGAUGUCGAAUCCCUGGUCGAGGAAUGGGGUCAACCUGGAUUAGAGUGA